UUUAGAAUUCAAUAUGGCCGCCACUGUUCAGCGUAAUGUCUUCUUUCCUUCCUCGCGUACUGCCGUAUUGUAGUUUCGAUGGUAUUGCCAAUCGCUUUGCAAUUACAGACGAGCCGUAACAGAAUAACAAGAAAAUUCUAAUUCCGAGCUAUGACUAGCCGUUCUUUAACGAACGGCAUGAGGCUGCGAUCCAUUUGCCGUUGCCUUGCGACAAGAGGUUAUGUCGGCGUAUGUAAUCGCCCGGAUUUAUGUACGAACGACAAAUCGGGGCGUACGAAUUUCGCAAUUGCUAGUAUUAGCGAUGCGUCUCGUUGCUGCAGGAAUUAUUCGAGCGACUUACCCUCUAAAUGUUGGAAAUGCGACUUCCAGUACAAGUCAGAUUUAUUUUGCUCCAAGUGCAGGGCGCUACAGGAGCCGCCCGAGAAUCUGAAUUAUUUUCAAAUAAUCGGCGUCAAACGGAAUUACGACCUGAAGAGUGACGAAAUCCACAAAAAGUACAGAGAAUUACAACACUAUCUGCAUCCUGACAGGUUUAGCAAUAGCACAGAGAAAGAGAAGGAAUUAUCGGAGAACCUAUCGUCGCUUGUCAACAAGGCCUAUAGUACGCUCUCACACCCUCUGAGCAGGGGUCUGUAUAUGUUGGCAUUGGAGAAGUUGGAAAUACCUGAGGGGACGACUACUUUAGAUCCUGAAUUUUUGAUGACGGUGAUGGAAAAAAACGAGGAGAUCGAAGCGGCCACUGAUAAUGCUGAGAAAGUGAUGAAAUUGAUCAUGGAAAAUAGGGAAAUAUUAGCGGAUUACACCAGACAAGUGUCAAUCGCUUUUCGAGAGAAAAACAUUGAGCUGGCUAAAAAACUUCUUGUCAAAAUGAAGUACUAUGCCAGUAUGGAAGCAAGAUUGAAAAAUCUGAAAGAAAAUUUAGGCAUUGUUGAGUAGAAUGACUAUUGGAGCAUCUCGAGGCUAGAGGAACAUAAAUAGCAGAAAGCUUCUGUUCUGCAUUCGUAAUUAGUAUUUCUCGGUUGAUCGGUAAUCUUAUUUACCUUAUUUUACAUUUCACAGACGGUUUCCCCUGUUCAAAGUCCUCUCAUAAUUACGUAACACAUAAGCUACACUUUCCUAACAAUAUUUUAUCAUUCCUAGACGUUCCUUUAUAGACUUCCCUCAAAUUGUCACUACAAAGCUCCACCAUUAUUCAAUUUGUAAGCAUGUCUUACAAGAAUCAGAUUGCACAUCACUUAAUUUAUAGCUUCUGAGACUUUCGCUUCGACAUCCUCGAAGCUAUUUACUGAAGAUUUAAAUUCGAAUGUAUAGAUAACGUGUACAAAAGUUGAAAAAGUCUUCUUCAGGGGCAGAGGAUUCUGAAGAUUGUAAAUAAAAUUAUAGAAUAGUCUUGGA